GGGGGAGGAGGAGACGACAUCCACUGUGGCCCUCAGCCGGUGCGCGUGUCUGAGAUCGCCUUGCCCGUUGUGUGAGAUGCAAGGACACCUCGGUGAACUUGGACGUCGGUCCCAGGACGAUGCGUGGACGUGUCGCUUCCCCUAAAAUUUUGCAACAGCCAAUUUCCUCGCUUCGUAUCUCCUAAGCUUUUUCGUCACUGGUAAAUUCUGAGAAUAGUAAUAUGUAUGAUUCUGAAUGUGGGUACAACCAGCAUGUUGUUCUCGUCGUUCGGAGCGUGAUUUGCAAAUGUAACUCCAGUAGUAGUUGAGGUAGUUUAUUCUCAAGUUUACUUGCAUGUUCAUAGGCAGGUACGUAUUUGCGAUAGUAAAAGAAAGUUCAUAUGUGCUCACUUUUCAUAAUUGUUAUUUCCAGAUUGAGUAUGGUGAAAGAGUUCAGCCCACGAGGUGGUGGUGGAGCAUUUCGUGGGGGAGGAUUUCGAGGUGAUUACAAAGGUGGAAGUUUUCGUGGAAGAGGUGGCGGUGGGGAUCGUGGUGGUGGAUUUCGUGGAAGUCGUGGUGGAGAUAGAGGCAGUUUUAGAGGUGGACGAGGAGGAUUCGGAGGUGGAGACCGUGGAAGGGGUUCUCCACGAGGCGGACGCGGCAGUCCUCGUGCCGGUAGGGGAUCACCUCGCGGAGGUAGAGGAGGAGGCGGCAUGAGAGGAGGAAAAACUGUUGUUAUCGAACCACAUCGGUAUGAGGGUGUCUUCAUCGUCAAGGGUAAAGAGGAUGCUCUUGCUACUAAGAAUAUGGUUGUUGGGGAAUCUGUUUAUGGUGAAAAGAGGGUAUCUGUUGAUGAUGGUUCUGGAACCUCAAUUGAGUACCGAGUUUGGAAUCCAUUCCGAUCUAAGCUCGCUGCUGCCAUGAUGGCUGGAUUGGAGAAUGUACAUAUCAAACCAGGAACGAAACUUUUGUAUCUGGGUGCUGCUUCUGGAACAACAGUCUCUCAUUGCUCGGAUAUAGUGGGAACCGAAGGCAUUGUCUAUGCAGUUGAAUUCUCCCAUCGAUCUGGUCGUGAUCUCCUUAACGUUGCUAAGAAAAGGCCUAAUAUCGUUCCUAUCGUUGAGGAUGCUCGUCAUCCGCAUAAAUACCGCAUGCUCGUUGGUAUGGUAGACACUAUCUUCUCGGAUGUUGCGCAACCUGAUCAGGCUCGUAUUGUUGCUCUAAAUGCUCAUAAUUUCUUGAAAAAUGGCGGACAUGCAGUGAUCUCAAUCAAGGCCAACUGCAUUGACAGUACCGCAGAACCGGAAGCUGUAUUUGCUGGAGAAGUCAAUAAACUGAAAGAGGAGAAGUUUAAGCCUAGGGAGCAGGUCACUUUGGAGCCGUACGAAAGAGAUCAUGCUGUUGUUGUAGCUGAGUAUCGAGCAAAGGGUAAAGGCAAAUAG